AUGUCGGCAAAUGUUAGUGCGACGGUGAAUGGAACACCAGUAACACUGAACUGCUUGAAUCCAGUAGUAAAGAGGAUUGGUAAAACCUUUUUUUGCGGCCUGUUACUUGUUUUCUCAGUGUCUGGAAGUUUUUUCAUCGCAACAAUUGUCCACAAAACUAGAUCCAUGAGAAAGCCUAUUGACUUUUUCUUAGUAAAUAUGGCCAUAUCCGAUCUUCUGUUUCUUUUUUCCUUUUUUACACACAACACAAACGCUCGGCUCCCGGUUUGAUCAGCGGUCCUCUUAGAGAUGCGUUGUGAAAGCUGACUGUCUUCUUGGGAGAUAUCUGCUUUAGUGUGUCUAUUCAGAGCCUAGUUUUAGUAGCAUUCAAUCGAUUUGGAGCUGUAUAUUUUUCCCUCCGUCCCUAA